CCCCACUCCUCCCCACCGCCCCGCCCAUUGACCGCGGCCCCUUCGGCCCGAGGGGCGCACGCCCCGAGGGGCGCCCGGUGGGCGCCCGCGGGGCGUGCGCCGCCGGGAAAGGCCUUCGGCCAUGGCGGCCGCGCCCGCGCCCCGGAGCGUGCUGCCGUGCGGCCUUGUGGAGCAGUUCAAGCACCUCUGCUGCUCCGCCGCCGAGGCCGCGGGCCACGUGGCCUGCCAGCGGGCCGCGGACGCGGCCGCCGCGGUCCUCCGGGGCGCCGUGCACGCGCUGGCCUUCGAGCUCGCGGCCCGCGGCGCCCCCGCGCCGCUGCCGGCUGGGCCGCGCGCGGCGCUGCUGCAGGUGGCGUGGCUCGCGCUGCCGGCGCGCUGCUGCGCGAGGGCGGCGGCGAGCUACUGCUCGGCCAGGGAGGAGGCGCGAGGGCUCCCCGGCAUGCUCGCGCCGAGGAAAGAUCAC